AUGGCUACCAGCAGCAUAGCCUCCGCCGCGUGCGGAUUUGUGGUGGCGCCAAACGUCCCAUCCAGCUCGACCGCCGUCAAGAGCAGCAUGGUGUUCUUCUCCUCCUCCAGGAUCAACCGGAGCCCGAGGCUAGUGGUGCGGGCCGCCGCCGCAGAUGAGGCAGCGGCGCCGGCGCCGGCGGCCUCCACCUCCGAAGCUCCUGCCGCCGAACCCCCCAAGGCCGCCAAGCCGCCACCGAUUGGCCCCCCGAGGGGCUCCAAGGCGAGUAAGAGUUUGAUUAUGAUGGACAAACCUCAGGUAAGGAUUUUGAGGAAGGAAUCAUACUGGUACAAGGGUGUAGGCUCAGUUGUUGCUGUUGACCAGGACCCAAAAACCCGAUACCCGGUGGUGGUGAGGUUCAACAAAGUGAACUAUGCAAACGUGUCGACGAACAAUUAUGCAUUGGAUGAAGUAGAAGUUGUUACAUGA